AUGUCAUCGCCGACACACGUUUUUAAUGUGGAAAUGACCUGUGAAGGCUGCUCAGGAGCAGUGGAAAGAGUUCUUAAUAGAUUAAAAGGCCAAGGUGUCAAUGAAGUGACUAUAAGUCUUCCAGAACAAAGAGUUUUAGUGAAUUCUUCUUUGAGCGCCGAUCAACUGCUUGAACAAGCGCAGCGUAGGAAGGCCUCCCACAAGGUGGACAGACAACCUAGCCAAGAUGGCAGGGACGCAUUGGAUGCAAGCCGC